AGCCUCCACCAAUGGCUGAGCACCAACGUCCGUCUCGAUGGAUCCAUCGCUCACCCCCUCUCGCCGGACCCGGCCGGCUAUGCCCAAAUCCGACAUAUACUCCACCUUCGUCGUCCACGACGACGAAGACGACGACGAAACCGCGUUCCAGGAAAAACAUUCCCGCCGGAGAACGAAAUCCCAAGAGAAAGAAGAUAUCUAUGCAACAAUGGUCUACAAGGACGACCCUAACGAUGACGACGACGAUGAUUCAUCUCUUCCUCCGCUUCUCAAGCGCCUUCCCAAGGACUUCGAUGCUGCACAUGACUACUACGACGAGGACUCCACCGGCACCGGAGAUUUCGGAACCAUGAUAGUCAAGACCAGUCGCGAUCGCUUGUCUCCGUCGAUAUUGUCUCCUUCGAUACUGUCUCCGGCGAAGCCUCGUGGUUCGCCCUACUUGGAGCGGAGCACCGGGAAGAGGACGGACGAUGAAGACAACUACUCGACUUUCGUGGUGAGAUCUACGUUGGGGACUCGUGAGAGUGGGACUGUUGUUCGGAGGGGCAGCGGCGGUGCUAGUGCAUCGUCGACAAUGAGUAGGGCGGUGGCGAGUAUGCAGGCGUCGGGAGAGUUAGGGUUCAGAAAGCAUAGAAAGGGAAGCGGCUCUUCUCAAGGGGACGAGGCCCGAUUUCAGGCAAGCAAGAUUUCGACCAGCUCGAUUCCAGAAAGCAUGACAAGGGAAGAUCCUUCGACUAAGUACGAAUUGCUCAAUGAACUAGGGAAAGGUUCAUAUGGGGCUGUUUACAAAGCUCGGGACAUUAGAACGUCAGAGCUGGUUGCCAUUAAAGUUAUUUCAUUAUGUGAGGGGGAAGAAGGAUAUGAAGAAAUACGUGGUGAAAUUGAGAUGUUGCAGCAAUGUAGUCAUCCAAAUGUUGUCCGCUACCUUGGAAGUUACCAAGGAGAAGAGUACCUUUGGAUAGUAAUGGAGUACUGUGGAGGUGGAAGUGUUGCUGACUUGAUGAAUACCACUGAGGAGCCCUUGGAGGAGUAUCAAAUAGCAUAUAUUUGCAGGGAAGCAUUGAAGGGUCUAUCUUAUUUGCACUCAAUUUUCAAAGUUCAUAGAGAUAUUAAGGGCGGUAAUAUCCUGCUGACUGAGCAAGGAGAGGUCAAGUUGGGUGAUUUUGGGGUUGCAGCGCAGCUUACAAGGACCAUGUCAAAGCGUAACACGUUCAUUGGCACUCCUCAUUGGAUGGCUCCAGAAGUUAUUCAGGAGAGUCGUUAUGAUGGAAAGGUGGAUGUGUGGGCUCUUGGUGUGUCUGCAAUUGAGAUGGCAGAGGGGCUUCCUCCAAGAUCAGCCGUGCAUCCAAUGAGGGUCUUGUUCAUGAUAUCUAUUGAGCCAGCUCCAAUGCUUGAGGAUAAAGAGAAAUGGUCUCUUGUGUUCCAUGAUUUUGUUGCAAAGUGCCUUACAAAAGAACCCCGUCUUCGGCCUACUGCAUCUGAGAUGCUAAAGCACAAAUUCAUAGAGAAAUGCAAAUGUGGAGCUUCUGCAAUGUUACCAAAGAUUGAAAAGGCGAGGCAAAUUCGGGCCUCGAUGGCGCUGCAAGCACAAAGUCUGGCUCGAAUCACCUCUAUAUCAGGAGAUGCUCCUCCGGAAGGUCCAAAAUUGAAUGAGGAUUAUGGAGAUACAGUUCCAUCAAGGCCUUUCAACAAUGGACUUCAAGUUACAAAUGAGGUACCCACAGCUAGUACUUUGGUGAAGCAGCAGAUAUCUGAUGGUGUGGAACUAGAAGGAGAAGGUGAGUUUGGGACUGUAAUAGUUCAUGGUGGGUUUGAGAUGGAUAAAACCGCCAAUCAAACACCUGUUUCCAGUACAAAAGAACCCUCAGCUGCUCAUGAAAAUGUUGAGAGCCAUCCUGUUGGUGGCCCUGGAAUCAAAUCAACUAACAACUGGGUGGAGGAUACAGUUGAUGUUGCUGCAAACAAUGACCAGGUUGGAGAAUCACAUCCAGGGGAACAAACAACAUCCAAAUCAGUAUUUGGCUCUCCUGAGCAGAAUCUCAGGACAAAUAGCAUUUCUCAGGUGCAAGCUGGAGGUGGUGGUGUGAGCAGUAGCCAAUUGAAGAAUGAAACAGUCAGUAGGACAGCCUUUGCAUCACAAGAUAAGCUUUGGUCCAUAUAUGCAGCUGGUAACACAGUACCCAUUCCAUUCUUGAGGGCAACUGAUAUAUCUCCAAUUGCUCUUUUGUCUGGCGAUGUUCUUGGAGGAAGGCAACGAGAAAGUAGUGGAACUGUUGCUGUGGAAGCGGUGCAGGAGCUUUUUACUGGUGAUAGUCAGCUCAAAAAGGGUAGAAGGGGACAGAAUGAGAUUCCCCUUCCUCCAAGCAUGUACCAGAGGCUCACUUCAAGCUCUACGCUAUUGAAUCUGGCACAAGCUUUGGCUUACCACAAAACGAGUUAUGAAGAGAUGCCACUCCAGGAUCUGCAAGCAGUACAAGAGCAACAGACUAUUCAAAACCUUUGUGAUACACUUCGAACUAUUCUGCGGCUGUAGAUAGUCUCUUUUCCUGUAAGAAUUAAGUGUUUUUUGAUUUGUUUUUCUUGAUCUCUUUGAGUCUGUAAUUUAGGAUCUUAGUUUUGUGUAAAGGUGAGAAAAGGGUAAGACUGGAAGCCACAAGAGGACAGUCAUGGCCCAUCUUAAUCUUCUGUUGCAACUUUGCAUGUAUAUCACCAAUCCCAUUGGGAAAUAAAUCAGUAUUUCAUUUUUGAUCUUCA